AGAAAUUUUGAACAUCACAAGCAACUCACAAACAUUUCUAGCUACAAAGUUUAGUUUCCACUUAAAUAACCAUUAUGCCAGAUCUAUGCACCCCGCGGACCGAAUCCGGCCCUUGGGUCUUGAGUUUGAUGCCCCUGGUCUAGGCUGUGGCUCUUCCUCUUUUCUUCAAGGUCAUUCCAACAUACCAUUACCAGAAAUUAUGUAAGAAAAGCCCAAAGCUUCAAAAGAUUGAGCAAUCUGUCUCAAAAGAUUUCUACCAUUAUCAUUUUUGAAAAUUAUAAAAAUACUGAAUUUUGUAAGGAUGUGUAGGCUAUUUUGAGAGGCUGCAGUUAUGAAAUCUUGAAGAUGGCAAAUUUUAUUAAUCACAACGUAAAAUGCAGAAAUACAAAGAAAAAUGAAAAUAAUGGGGAACAGGACGAGAAAGGGAAGAGGAAGAGGGUAAAAGCUAAAAGAAACAGAAAACAUUGACUUUCGACUCCUUAUGGAACAAUAGAAUAAGUUAAUAACAUCGAACCUCAACUUUUUAUUUUUACAUAAUAAUAUAUACUAGCCAUUUCUAUAAUAGCAAUCCUAUCUGAUUGGGGAAACCCAAAAUCAAACUUUCAUUUUUCCCCCUCAAGCAUAAAGUCCAGAAGUGGUUUCCAAGUAGAAGGGAUAUUGCAAUUAUGAAAGUGUCCUACUGCUGACCCCUGUUAAGAUUCCAGACAUAUUGUUUAAUUUCUUCCAUGUGAAUGUUGCCAGAUUGAUGAGUGUAAGUUGCCUAUGCAGACAAAAUUAUUAUUGAGAACAAUCAUAAGCGAUUAUGUCUUCGGGAGCCUCUUGGUAGAAAAUAAUUUGGUCAACCCUUUUGCUGUAGAGAUUAUGCAAUCUUCCUGUUUUCUCCUUUAAUUAUGUUUUUGUUUUACCUGUAGACUUUCCAGAACCUGCUGAUUGGAAGUCUAAGGAAUUGUAUGAUAGGCAUUAUGCCUAGCUGGGUUAUUAUUUCAAGAUCUGCUGUUGCCACUUUGCCUGGAAGAGGAGGACGCCUCUACUCCAGAUACAUUAUCUCCCAAAAUCAAGCAUGGAAAAAUCUGUUUGCCAAAGGUCGUUUAGGUUGGUCCCCAGCAAGCUGCAGUUGCAAGAUCAAUCACCACCCUUUCCCCCUGGGAAAAGCAUUCCGACACACCUCCACUGAGGAAGAAGACUUCUCCUUCCAUUUGACACCAUCGCAGAUCAACGAGGUCUUAAGGGCGAGCGAGUUGUCCUACACCGUCCCUGAAUUUGAUGGGAAAAAUCCCAGCCCAGUAUUGAAAUUCGAGUCCAACCACCUGGCAGCCAAUGUGCCGAUAGAAGACCGCCGAAGUGCAGCAACCUGUUUGCAGACGAGGGGAAUGAUGUUUGGAGUCUUUGAUGGCCAUGCUGGCUAUUCCUGUGCUCAGUCGGUUAGCGAGAGGCUGUUCUCUUACCUUGCCGUUUCUCUGCUGUCUCGGCAAACGCUGGAAGAGAUUGAGAUGGCUGUGGAAUCUAUGAAGCCGAUUCUGCCUAUUCUCCAGUGGCACAAACACCCCAACGACAGGUUCUUCCACGAGGUUGCCUCCGUGUACCUGGAACAGCUCAGAUAUUAUUGGCAAGACUUACUGAACUCGGACGCAGACCUUGGGCUGACGAUGGAAGAAGCUUUGAUCGGUGCUUAUAAACGGCUGGAUUCAGACAUAUCGUUGGAAGCUCAGGCACCUUCCAAGAACGAACUUCUGAAAGAUAUCGCUCUGCAGGUGGCUUUCUCGGGCGCAACGGCUUGCUUAGCUCAUGUUGACCAGGCUCACCUGCAUGUUGCAAAUGCUGGGGACUGCCGGGUGAUCCUGGGCGUUCAGAACCCCAAUGGCUCCUGGUCUGCUUUACCCCUUACCCGAGAUCACAACGCUUUCAAUGUGUCGGAAAUCUCGCGGUUGAAAGGCGCGCACCCAUCUUCUGAAGGGAGCACCCUCAUUAUGAACGACAGAUUGCUGGGCGUCCUUAUGCCUACCAGAGCUUUUGGAGACGUCAUGUUCAAGUGGAGUCAGGAUCUGCAGCAGAGCAUCCUUAACAACCACUGCAACCUGGAGGAUUUAAACAUCUACGAGUAUGUCCCUCCGUGUUACCACACCCCACCUUAUUUAACAGCUGAGCCAGAGGUCACUUACCACAAAAUCAGGCGGCAGGAUAAGUUCUUGGUUCUUGCUUCUGAUGGCCUGUGGGACAUGUUGAGCAAUGAAGAGGUGGUCCAGCUCGUUGCAAACCAUAUAAUGGAAGAUGAUGUCCAGAAAACUCAGCUCACUUUUAAGAAACCAACCAGUCUGGGGUAUGUACAAGACUUGCUACUUCGGAGGAAGGCCCAGACUGCCCAGCCCUCUGACCAGAAUGUGGCAACCCACCUUAUCAGACAUGCCAUUGGCAGUAAUGAGUAUGGAGAGAUAGACCAGGAAAAGCUAAUGGCAAUGUUGACUCUUCCCGAUGACUUAGCACGCAUGUAUAGGGAUGAUAUUACGGUUACAGUAGUCUAUUUUAAUUCAGAUGUAAUUGACAGAUACUAUCAAGAGGAGGAAGAAAGAUCUUGAGUUACAUGAAUUCCAAGGGUCACUUCACUUCAAAUUCCUUGAAAGAUUCUUGCAUGAGAGCCUCACCCAUAAAAACUCUGUCCUGCCUUCAGGAGACCAAGUUUAGUUCUCUGUAAGCCAUGAAUUCCUAUAAAAAUC